CCUCGUGAAUCCACUCAUGCUGGUCUAAAAUAAUCUUUUCUAUUCUAAGACUUUUGCUUCCAAACUAUGUUUAUCUACCCCUCACUUAAUAGUUUCCAUUACUGUUUUCUCAAUGAAAUUUCCCCUCUUCAUGAUUUUUCUCAUAUUUCACUCUUGAGUUUCCCAAUACAAACGUAUGACUCAUCAAAUGCUUGGUUUGACCCUUGUGGCCUAAUUGUUAUAUUGAUUCUGCUGUUUGCUUGUGAUCAUAACUGGGUUGAUUCCAUUCACGUUUUCCAUCAAAUUUUCCCUGUAUUGUCAAUGGAUCUGUUUCAUUUCUUGAGUUCCCCCUGAUUCAGAUAGCGUAGAGUUUUAUGAAAUCAUAUGCUAUUGCUCGAAUCGGUGGUCAAUCCGAUUACUGGUUGGAGCAAUUGACAAUUGAAUCCAAUUUUUUCCAUAAUUUUUGUGUCUGUAAUUGUGUGAGAAAAAAAACUUGUUUUGGUACCCUCUAAUUUGUGAGCCAUGGCAGGCAUUAAUGUCUCAGAAUAUGCUCAUAGUUCUGUGCACAAGGCCAUAAUAUUGAAGGAUCAUGCUGGUCUUAAGGAGAUACUUGGAGUUCUCCCAAAACUAGGUAACCCCCUUGAGAUCAAAACUGAGGCUGCUUCAAUAGCUGAGGAUGAGAAAGCUGCAGCCAUCUCUGUUGUGGUGGAUAGGAGGGAUGUGCCACAUGGUGACACCCCUCUUCACAUGGCUGCAAAACUGGGUGACAUUGUUGCUACUGAAAUGCUCAUGGAUGCCGGGGCAAAUGGUAGGUUGAAGAACAAGGAAGGAUGGACUGCUGUUAGGCAAGCUAUCAUUAACAAACAAGAUAAAAUAGCAAUGGUUAUGAUCAAGUACUCUUGGAAUGACCCUGACAACAAAUAUUUUAGAAGGUUGCCUAGGUAUAUAGGGACUAUGAGAAGGAUGAAGGACUUCUACAUGGAGAUUUCAUUUCAUUUUGAGAGUUCUGUGAUACCUUUCAUCUCGAGGAUUGCACCUUCGGAUACUUACAAGAUUUGGAAAAAGGGUGGGAAUAUGAGGGCAGAUAUGACUUUGGCCGGCUUUGAUGGUUUGAAAAUCAAGAGGUCUAAUCAGAGCGUUCUUUUCCUUGGUGAUGGUACUUCAGAUGAUGAGAGCAAAUUUCCCGGAUCGCUGUUCAAAGUCUUGCACAAAGAGAAGAAAGUAUAUGUGGUUUCACCUAGUUUAGAUGCCCCCACUGAUAGAGAUGUUAAGGACACAUUAGCUAAGAAGUCUAGGUCUGAAUCAGUGAGGAGGGUAGGGCUUGAUGUGAGUCAGGCACUUCUUGUUCCCCAGUUAACAUGGAGGAGAAAGGAGAGAAAAGAAAUGGUGGGGCCAUGGAAAGCUAAGGUGUAUGACAUGCAAAAUGUGGUUUUUAGUAUGAAAUCCAGAAGGAUCCCUGGUGCUCCACCACCUGAGGCGAAGCCAGCUCCUAAGAAAACUAAGAAGAAGGACAAUGGAAAAAUUGAAGACAUUUUGACAGAUGAAGAAAGGAAGCAAUUUGAAGCUGCAAUGAAUUCAUCAGAUGAUAAUGGCCACAGUCACAAUCGUGCGAAGAAAGAAAAGAAAGGAAGGUCUGGUGGACAUAGAGACCACAAGGAGAGAAAAACCAAUAGUGCACAACCUGCUGAGCAUUUUGUAAACCAGAAGGGUGAAAGCCAGUUUAAGAGAGGGAUGAUGCCUGCUCUUUGGCUUUCCCAGAACUUCCCACUAAAAAUUGAUGAAUUGCUACCUAUGCUUGACAUUCUUGCUGAAAAACUUAAAGCGGUCCGUCGGUUAAGAGAACUCCUUACAACAAAACUUCCAAAGGAAUCCUUUCCAGUCAAGGUUGCCAUUCCCGUGGUGUCCACUGUUAGAGUAUUGGUAACUUUUACAAAGUUUGAAGAAAUACAACAUGAAAAUGCAGAUGAGUUUGAAUCAGCCCCAUCUAGUCCUACUUCUGGUGACCAAGAGAACCCAGAAGAGGAACGUUCCUCAUCAUCAUCAUGGUUUGGGUGGAUAAAGACCCCUUCUAGAUCAAGUACGACAUGUGCGGAAUCUAGUAGUAAAAUAUUUGACGCCGAGGACCUGUUUGCUAUUCCCUCUGGUUUUAAAUGGAUUACUAUUGAAUAAAAGUUAAAAGAGAGAGGACUAGAAUAGGCAAAAUGCAUGGAUGUAAUAGCUAACGAAGUUAAAAAGAUUUCAAAUAGGAAUUUUAUGAAGGUGAACCAAAAGUUGAGGUAAUCUUCUCACCCAAAGGUGAAGUGUUCUCAGGAUAGGGAAAGGUGAGAAAUUAAAGAAAAAUUAAGUAAUAGCUAGAUUCACUCACUUCACAUGUGACUAACAUCAACCAUCAUUUGUAAGUACUGGCCUUAUUUUUAUCACAUCCUUUGUAGUUUUAUGUGUUAUUUACUUAUUUUUAUCA